AUGAAGGUGGUUCCAAGAGAAGCUGAGAAAUUGAGUCUGCAUAAUGCUGGAUAUCUAGCACAGAAGCGUCUUGCUCGUGGUUUGAGGCUCAACCACCCAGAAGCUGCAGCACUCAUAGCCACACAGGUUUUGGAGUUUGUUCGUGAUGGUGACAAAUCUGUGGCAGACUUGAUGGACAUUGGGAGACAGCUCCUGGGAAGGAAGCAAGUUCUUCCUGGUGUUCAACAUCUUUUGGAUAUGGUGCAGGUUGAAGGGACCUUUCCUGAUGGGACUAAGUUAAUUACCAUUCAUGAUCCAAUUUCUAGUGAUAAUGGAAAUCUGGAACUAGCUUUAAAGGAUUCUUUUCUUCCUGUUCCCUCACUAGACACGUUUCCUGAAAUGGAAGAUAACAAAAUUCCGGGUGAAGUUAUCUUUGGAGGCGGUGCCAUUGUGCUUAAUCAUGGAAGGAAAGCAAUAGUCCUCAAAGUUGUUAACACAGGAGACAGGCCAGUUCAGGUUGGCAGUCACUAUCACUUCAUUGAGGUCAACCGCGCCCUGAUUUUUGAUCGAAUGAAAUCAUAUGGCAUGCGCCUGAAUAUACCAGCUGGAACAGCCAAGAGAUUUGAGCCAGGGGAGAGUAAGCAUGUCACACUUGUAAGUAUUGGAGGUAAUAGAGUAAUCAGAGGAGGAAAUGGCAUUGUGGAUGAUCCAGUAGAUGAUGGCAAACGAAAGGCAGUCCUGGAAGCUUUAGAAGCAAGAAAAAUUCGAAAUGAGGAAGAACCAAAAGCUAGUGAAGGUGUUGCAGGAAGAGAUCUAGCUUUCACCACGGUAAUUCCUCGUGAGGCAUAUGCAAACAUGUAUGGCCCUACUACUGGUGACAAAAUUCGGCUUGGUGAUACCAACUUGUUUGCUGAAAUUGAAAAGGACUUUACUGUUUAUGGGGAUGAAUCUGUAUUUGGAGGUGGUAAAGUUAUCAGAGACGGAAUGGGCCAGUCAUCUGGGAACCAACCAGCCAAUUCGUUGGAUACUGUUAUAACCAAUGCUGUGAUCAUUGAUUAUAGCGGGAUCUUUAAGGCAGAUAUUGGUAUCAAAGAGGGCAAUAUAUUUGCCAUUGGAAAAUCAGGCAAUCCAGAUGUUAAGGAUGGUGUACAUAUGACCAUUGGGGUUAACACUGAGGUCAUUGCUGGGGAAGGAAUGAUUGUGACUGCAGGCGCCAUAGACUGUCACGUGCACUUCAUAUGCCCUCAAUUAGCUUAUGAAGCAAUAUCGAGUGGUGUCACAACCUUAGUCGGAGGUGGAACAGGACCUGCUACUGGGACUCGUGCAACAACUUGUACACCAGCUCCGUCACAAAUGAAGUUAAUGCUGCAAGCAACUGAUGACCUACCUUUAAAUUUUGGCUUUACGGGGAAGGGGAACAGUUCGAAACCUGAUGGACUACAUGAUAUAGUAAGGGCUGGGGCAAUGGGACUGAAACUGCAUGAGGACUGGGGAACUACGCCUGCUGUGAUAGACAAUUGUUUGACCGUGGGAGAUCAAUAUGACAUCCAGAUACAAUUUGUGCUUUUAAAGAAAGAACUAUCCAUACUUACCACAGGUGCAGGUGGAGGCCAUGCUCCAGAUAUCAUCAAAGUGUGUGGUGUUAAGAAUGUCCUGCCCUCAUCAACGAACCCCACACGGCCUUUCACUUCCAAUACUAUAGAUGAGCAUCUUGAUAUGCUGAUGGUUUGCCAUCACCUGGACAAGAACAUUCCAGAAGAUGUUGCUUUUGCUGAAUCAAGAAUAAGGGCUGAAACAAUUGCUGCAGAAGAUAUUUUGCAUGAUAUGGGGGCAAUUAGCAUUAUAUCUUCUGAUUCACAGGCUAUGGGUCGGAUUGGAGAGGUGAUAAGCAGAACUUGGCAAACUGCUGACAAGAUGAAGUCACAAAGAGGGUCGAUAGAACCUAGGGGAUCUGAAAAUGACAACUUUCGGAUCAAGCGAUACAUUGCAAAAUAUACAAUAAAUCCAGCAAUAGUUAAUGGAUUUUCUCAAUAUGUUGGCUCAGUUGAGGUGGGGAAGUUGGCUGAUCUUGUUCUAUGGAAGCCAUCUUUCUUUGGCGCAAAACCAGAAAUGGUGGUCAAAGGUGGUGCUAUUGCAUGGGCUAAUAUGGGUGAUCCAAACGCAAGCAUCCCCACACCUGAACCGGUCAUAGCGAGGCCUAUGUUUGGUGCAUUUGGCAAGGCUGGUAGUGCUAACUCCAUUGCUUUUGUCAGCAAGGCAGCUAUAGAUAAUCGCGUUAAGGACUUGUAUGGCCUUGACAAGACAGUCGCAGCCGUGGGCAACGUUAGGAAACUCAACAAACUGGACAUGAAGCUCAAUGACGCGCUGCCAAAGAUAGAGGUUGAUCCAGAGACAUACAGGGUGACAGCAGAUGGCCAGGUUCUUACCUGCAGUCCAGCCACCACAGUACCCCUAUCUCGGAACUACUUCAUGUUUUAG